GCCAUUCAGUAAUCAUUAUUUUCAAUUUUGCUUUCACUUCGCAAUUGUUGAGUUUUAGACUCAUUUCCUUUUUGUGGCACUCUCUUUACUUGGGAUUUUUCGUUAACGUUAGUCAAUUAAAGAUGAGUACCGCUCCCGAAAAUGAUCUGUCCAGUCUGGAGCAGCAGUUGGCUACUCCAGAUUUGCAAAAUAUGAAUGCAAAUAAACAAGGUUUUACUCCUAUCCUUAAAAAUAAGAAAACAGGCUCUAAAAAAAAUGAAAAAGCAUCAAAACCGCAAAAGUCUGUUGAAGACAAUAGCAAGCAACAAGGAAAGUUUGUCGAAUUACCAGGAGCUGAAAUAGGAAAAGUUGUUGUUAGAUUUCCUCCUGAAGCAAGUGGAUAUUUGCAUAUUGGUCAUGCAAAAGCUGCUCUAUUAAAUCAACACUAUCAAUUGGCUUUUAAUGGUCGCCUAAUAAUGCGUUUUGAUGAUACAAAUCCAGCAAAAGAGAAAGAAGAUUUUGAGAAGGUUAUAUUAGAAGACGUUGAAAUGUUAAAAAUUAAACCUGACACUUUUACAUAUACUUCUGAUCAUUUUGAUAAAAUGUUAGAUAUAUGUGAGAAUGGAAUGUUAAAAGAAGGUUUAGCUUAUGUGGAUGAUACUGAUGGAGAUAAAAUUCGUUUGGAACGUGAACAACGGAUUGAUUCAAUAAAUAGAAACAACUCAAUCGAGAAGAACUUAGAGUUAUGGAAACAAAUGGUCUUAGGAACAGAAAUUGGUCAAAAGUGUUGUGUUCGUGCUAAAAUUGAUAUGCAAUCGGCAAAUGGAUGUAUGCGUGAUCCAACAAUAUAUCGUUGUAAACCUGAACACCAUCCUAGAACUGGUGAUAAGUAUAAAGUAUAUCCAACUUACGACUUCGCUUGUCCUAUUGUGGAUAGUUUAGAAGGUGUUACUCAUUGUUUACGUACCACAGAGUAUACUGAUCGUGAUGCGCAAUAUUAUUGGUUUUGUGAUGCAUUAAAACUCGGAACCCGCAACAAUGAAACCCGACCUUAUGUGUGGUCAUAUUCGAGAUUAAAUAUGACCAAUACUGUUCUGUCAAAAAGAAAAUUAACUUGGUUUGUUGAACAAGGUCACGUAGAUGGAUGGGAUGAUCCACGCAUGCCAACUGUUCGUGGUGUAUUAAGGAGAGGUAUGCAGGUGGAAGCAUUAAAACAAUUCAUAGUGGCCCAAGGAUCUUCCAGAACUGUUACAGCCAUGCAAUGGGAUAAAAUUUGGUCAUUGAACCGUAGUAUCAUUGAUUUAAUAGCACCAAGGCAUACUGCUUUAUUGUUAUCCAAUUCAAAUAAAGAAAAUACUGUAAUAUCUUAUCCGCCAGUUGAAGUUGUGGUAGAAAAUGUUGAAAAACCAUAUAAAAUUGACAAUGUCCUUAAACAUCCUAAAAAUUCCCAACUAGGAUUAAAAAAUUGUGUUUGGGCUGCACCUAAAAUUCUUAUAGAUUAUAGUGAUGCAGAGUUAUUAGAAGUUGGACGUCGAGCCACAUUUAUUAACUGGGGCAAUCUUUUAAUAAAUCGUAUUGAAAGGAAUCAAGAUAAUAAUAAAAUAGAGAAAAUUUAUGCAGUUACUAACCUUGAAAACACAGAUUUUAAAUCUACACUUAAAGUUACUUGGCUACCAAGUACUGAUUAUUCAGAAUCUGAAGAAGUUUUGCCUAUUCUUGUACCAGUUGUUUGUGUUUAUUUUGAUCAUUUAAUCAGUAAAGCAGUUUUAGCCAAAGAUGAUGAUUUCAAGCAAUAUUUAAAUACAGAAAAUAGUCGUUGGGAAUUGCAAAUGUUAGGUGAUUCAGAGUUGAAAGAUUUAAAAAAAGGAGACGUGAUUCAAUUACAACGUAGAGGUUACUUUAUAUGUGAUUCAACGUACCAACAAUUCAGUAUUCACACGGGGAAGCAAACACCAUUAGUGUUAUUUAAUAUACCUGAUGGUCACACAAAAACAGUUCCAAUAACUACUGUUCCUGUAGCAAUUGCCCAAAGUGAUGCCAAGAAAAAUACAAAUAAUAAUGUCGACACUUUAAUCAUUCAAAUAAAUGAUCAAGCUAAAAAAGUCCAUUGUAUGAAGGCAGACUUAGAUGAAGCUGAAAAAGUGUUACUUGCUUUGAAAGCUGAGUACAAAACUAUCACAGGGAAUGAUUUCCCUGCCAAGGGUAUUCCAACACCAAAGCAACCUAAUACAUCCAAUUCUGAACCAAGUAAACCUUCAGCAGAUGCCAUUGUGAUAAAAAUUAACGAACAAGGAGAUAAAGUGCGAUCAUUGAAAAGUAGUAAUGCUCCUAAAGCUGAUGUUGGGGAAGCUGUCAAAGUAUUACUUGCUUUGAAAGCUGAGUACAAAACUAUCACAGGGGAUGAUUUCCCUGCCAAGGGUAUUCCAACACCAAAGCAACCUAAUACAUCCAAUUCUGAACCAAGUAAACCUUCAGCAGAUGCCAUUGUGAUAAAAAUUAACGAACAAGGAGAUAAAGUGCGAUCAUUGAAAAGUAGUAAUGCUCCUAAAGCUGAUGUUGGGGAAGCUGUCAAAGUAUUACUUGCUUUGAAAGCUGAGUACAAAACUAUCACAGGGAAUGAUUUCCCUGCCAAGGGUAUUCCAACACCAAAGCAACCUAAUACAUCCAAUUCUGAACCAAGUAAACCUUCAGCAGAUGCCAUUGUGAUAAAAAUUAACGAACAAGGAGAUAAAGUGCGAUCAUUGAAAAGUAGUAAUGCUCCUAAAGCUGAUGUUGGGGAAGCUGUCAAAGUAUUACUUGCUUUGAAAGCUGAGUACAAAACUAUCACAGGAGAUGAUUUCCCUGCCAAGGGUAUUCCAACACCAAAGCAACCUAAUACAUCCAAUUCUGAACCAAGUAAACCUUCAGCAGAUGCCAUUGUGAUAAAAAUUAACGAACAAGGAGAUAAAGUGCGAUCAAUGAAAAGUAGUAAUGCUUCUAAAACUGAUAUUGAAGAACAAGUAAAAGUUCUAUUAACUUUAAAAAAUGAUUAUAAAUCAAUGACUGGUAAAGAUUAUCAACCUCCAACUAAUACUGGCAGAUCAUCAAUUACAUCAGAUAAAAAAGCAAAGAAAAAAGACAAUAUUGCUGUGACCACUUCUAAAACAGUUGAUAAUACAAACACCAAAAAAGUAACUAAAUUAGGAUUAGAAGUACCAAAAGUGUCAGAAAAUCUUGGAGAAUGGUAUUCUCAAGUGUUAGUUAAAGGUGAAAUGAUUGAAUAUUAUGACGUAAGUGGAUGUUACGUGCUAAGGCCUUGGGCUUACAGAAUAUGGGAAUUAAUACAAGAAUGGUUUGAUGCUCGGAUUAAAAGUAAACCUCUUAAUGUGCGCAAUUGCUACUUUCCAAUGUUUGUAUCACAAGGUGCAUUAGAAAGAGAAAAAGAACAUAUUGCAGAUUUUGCACCAGAGGUAGCUUGGGUUACCAAAUCUGGUGAAACAGAUUUAGCUGAGCCUAUUGCUAUAAGACCAACCAGCGAAACAGGAAUGUAUCCAGCUUUUGCCAAAUGGAUUCAGUCUUAUAGAGACUUGCCUUUGAAACUCAAUCAAUGGAAUAGUGUUGUGAGAUGGGAAUUCAAACACCCUCAACCCUUCUUGAGAACUAGAGAGUUUUUGUGGCAAGAAGGUCAUAAUGCAUAUGCAACUAGAGAAGAAGCAGAACGUGAUGUAUUAAUAACAUUAAGUUAUUAUGAAUAUGUCUAUAAGAAUAUGCUGGCAGUACCAGUUAUAAAAGGUAAAAAAACUGAAAAAGAAAAGUUUGCUGGAGGAGUAUUUACUACUACUUGUGAAGCAUAUGUAGCAUCCAGCGGUCGAGCAAUCCAGGGCGCCACUUCACAUUAUCUGGGUACCAAUUUUGCACAUAUGUUUGAUGUUCAUUUUGAACAUCCAGAUACACAUGAAAAAACAUUUGUUCAUCAGAUUUCAUUUGGAAUGACCACUAGAACAAUUGGUGUUAUGGUAAUGGUUCAUGGUGAUGAUCGUGGGCUUGUUUUACCUCCACGCAUAGCAUCUAUUCAGGUUAUUAUAGUACCAUGUGGUGUUGGCGCUAGCACAGCAAACAAAGUCAAAGAGAACUUGACUAAAACCUGUUUAGAUGUAUGUAACCGUUUAAAAGGAGAUAGUUUAAUAGAAAAUAACGAUGAAAAUGACAAUAGUGUUGCCCAACAUCGUAAGUCUACAACAAUAAUUAGGGCAGAUACAGAUUUGCGGGAUAAUUAUUCACCUGGAUGGAAAUUCAACCAUUGGGAAUUAAAGGGAGUUCCAUUGAGGUUAGAAAUUGGACCAAAAGACUUGGAUAAAAACCAAAUGGUAGCUGUACGGCGGGAUAAUGGAGAGAAACUAACUAUUCCCUUAGAGGGAUGUUUAAAAGAUAAUGGUGGAAAUGACAAGAUGGUUGUAAGAAUAACUGAAUUAUUGAAUCAAAUACAGCAAGAUAUGUAUGCUAAAGCAGAAAAAGAAAUGAAAGAAAACAUUGUGAUAUGUCGUAAAUGGUCCGAAUGUGCUGCACAUUUAGCAGCAAAACGUUUAUUAUUGAUACCGUUUUGUGGACGCCCUAACUGCGAGGAUAACAUCAAACGAGAUACCACAUUGGAUGAUGGUACUGCAGAAGUUGGAGCUUCGACAAUGGGAGCAAAGUCAUUAUGUGUGCCAUUUGAACAACCUAAGGGAGAUGAACAAUUAAAGUCCACCGAUCAAUGUAUACAUCCAGAAUGUGGACAAACAGCUGGGUCAUUUACUCUGUUUGGACGCAGUUAUUAAAAUGAAAUGUUCAUUAAUUUAUUAAAUGAAACUAUAAUGUGCAUUUUGUUUAAACUUUUAUGUAAAAGUUACAACUGUUUUCGACGAUCAUGAAUUAAUACAAUACCAUUAUUUACAAA